UUUUGAUGAGAUAUAUGUUCUAACCAAGCUUAGUCCCAAAGAAAAGGCAGGAGAAGGCAUCUCUUCCCACCUCUUUGUAGCAUAGCUGUGAAACUAUAAUGUCCCGGCUUUUCUGGUAUGUUGGGUAGUUCUGCUCAUCUUUUAGGGCUGGCUUGAGGAGGGGAGAGAUUUAUUUUGGGAAUUAAGAGAAAUAUGUGUGAUGUAGAAACAAAAAAAUGUCAAUAACAUUUUAUUUAGAAAAAAAAAAAGAAAUACUUAAAAACCAGAUCAGAAAGAGGUGUACUUUUAGAUUUUUCUGAAAGGAAAAAGUUUGCAAACUUUGCUAAUGGCUUUCUGUCUCUUGGCUGUCUCCUUAGGUAUGGCAUCACAGCUGCAGGUGUUCUCCCCCCCGUCAGUCUUGUCGAGUGCCUUCUGCAGUGCAAAGAAACUGAAGACAGAGCCUUCUGGCUGGGAUGUUUCAGGACCAAGCAGCAACGAAAAGUAUUAUACCCACAGCAAGACCCUUUCAGCCACACAAGGGCAAGCCAGCUCCUCUCACCAAGUGACAAGUUUCAACCUCCCUUCUUACGACCAGAGCCUUCUCCUGCCAGCUCCCACGGUGGAGCACAUUGUGGUGACGGCCGCUGACAGCACAGGCGGCGCCGCCACAACAUCCUUCCAGAACAGCCAGACCCUCACUCACAGAGGCAACGUUUCUUUGCUGGAGCCCUAUCAAAAAUGUGGAUUGAAAAGAAAAAGUGAGGAGGUGGACAGCAACGGUAGUGUGCAGAUCAUAGAAGAACAUCCCCCUCUCAUGCUGCAGAACAGGACCGUGGUGGGUGCUGCUGCCACGACCACCACCGUGACCACCAAAAACAGCAGUUCCAGCGGAGAAGGUGAUUACCAGCUGGUCCAGCAUGAAAUCCUUUGCUCUAUGACCAACAGCUACGAGGUCCUAGAAUUCUUGGGCCGGGGGACAUUUGGGCAAGUGGCCAAGUGCUGGAAGCGGAGUACCAAGGAAAUAGUGGCAAUUAAGAUCUUGAAAAAUCACCCUUCUUAUGCCCGUCAGGGUCAGAUCGAAGUGAGCAUCCUCUCCCGUCUGAGUAGUGAGAAUGCUGAUGAGUACAAUUUUGUCCGCUCUUAUGAGUGCUUCCAGCACAAGAAUCAUACCUGCCUCGUGUUUGAGAUGCUGGAGCAGAACUUAUAUGAUUUCCUAAAGCAGAACAAGUUCAGCCCAUUGCCGCUGAAGUACAUCCGGCCUAUCCUGCAGCAGGUGGCCACUGCCCUGAUGAAGCUCAAGAGUCUCGGCUUGAUUCACGCCGACCUCAAGCCAGAAAACAUCAUGCUAGUGGACCCUGUGCGCCAGCCAUACCGGGUGAAAGUCAUCGACUUUGGUUCCGCCAGUCAUGUAUCCAAAGCUGUGUGCUCCACUUACUUACAGUCACGGUACUACAGAGCUCCUGAAAUCAUUCUUGGACUGCCAUUUUGUGAGGCUAUUGAUAUGUGGUCCUUGGGCUGUGUAAUAGCUGAGCUGUUCCUGGGGUGGCCUCUGUAUCCUGGUGCUUCAGAAUACGAUCAGAUUCGUUACAUUUCACAAACACAAGGCCUGCCGGCAGAAUAUCUUCUAAGUGCAGGAACCAAAACAAGCAGGUUUUUCAACAGAGAUCCUAAUUUGGGUUAUCCGUUGUGGAGACUAAAGACACCAGAGGAGCAUGAAUUAGAAACAGGAAUAAAAUCAAAAGAAGCCCGGAAGUAUAUAUUUAACUGUUUAGAUGACAUGGCUCAGGUGAAUAUGUCUACAGACUUAGAGGGAACAGAUAUGUUGGCAGAAAAGGCGGAUCGAAGAGAGUACAUUGAUUUGUUAAAAAAGAUGUUGACGAUUGACGCAGAUAAGAGAAUUACUCCACUAAAAACCCUCAACCACUCAUUUGUGACAAUGACUCAUCUUUUGGAUUUCCCACACAGCAAUCAUGUUAAGUCAUGCUUUCAGAAUAUGGAGAUCUGCAAAAGGAGGGGUCACAUGUAUGAUACGGUGAAACAGAUCAAGAGCCCAUUCACCACCCAUGUUGCCCCUAACACAAGCACAAAUCUAACCAUGACCUUCAGCAACCAGCUUAAUACCGGGCACAAUCAGGCCAGUGUUUUAGCGUCCAGUUCUACUGCAGCAGCUGCUACGCUCUCUUUGGCUAAUUCGGAUGUCUCCCUGCUAAACUACCAGUCUGCUCUGUACCCGUCAUCUGCAGCACCUGUUGCAGGAGUUGCCCAGCAGAGUGUUUCCUUGCAGCCUGGAACUACUCAGAUUUGCACUCAGACAGAUCCAUUCCAGCAGACAUUCAUCGUGUGUCCACCUACUUUCCAGACUGGACUUCAGGCACCUACAAAGCAUUCUGGAUUCCCUGUGAGGAUGGAUAAUGCUGUGCCAAUUGUACCCCAGGCCCCUGCUGCUCAACCACUACAGAUCCAGUCAGGAGUCCUCACCCAGGGAAGCUGUACACCACUAAUGGUAGCAACUCUCCAUCCUCAAGUAGCCACCAUCACACCGCAGUAUGCGGUGCCCUUUACUCUGAGCUGCGCAGCCGGCCGGCCGGCGCUGGUUGAACAGACUGCCGCUGUACUGCAGGCCUGGCCUGGAGGGACCCAGCAGAUACUCUUGCCUUCAACUUGGCAGCAGUUGCCUGGGGUAGCUCUACACAAUUCUGUUCAGCCUACAGCAGUUAUUCCAGAGACCAUGGGGAGUAACCAACAGCUGGGAGAUUGGAGGAAUGCCCACUCACAUGGCAGCCAGUACAGUACUCUCAUGCAGCAGCCCUCCCUGCUGACGAAUCAUGUGACUCUGGCUACAGCUCAGCCUCUCAACGUUGGUGUUGCUCACGUUGUCAGGCAGCAGCAGUCUGGCUCCCUCCCCUCCAAGAAGAACAAGCAGCCAGCCCAAGCUUCGGCCAAAACUGUCUCCACAUUGGAUGUCUUACCUACCCAAGUCUAUUCACUGAUUGGGAGCAGCCCACUCCGUACCAACUCUUCCUAUAAUCCCCUGGUCCCUUCACAAGAUCAGCACCAGCCCAUCAUUAUCCCAGACACCCCGAGCCCUCCUGUGAGCGUCAUCACUAUCCGCAGUGACACCGAUGAGGAGGAGGAUAGCAAGUAUAAGCCCAGCAGCUCCAGCCUGAAGCCAAGGUCCAAUGUCAUCAGCUAUGUCACUGUCAAUGACUCUCCCGACUCCGACUCAUCUCUGAGCAGUCCAUAUUCUACAGAUACUCUGGCUGCAAUUCGGGGCAAUACAAGGCCCCUCCUAGAAGGACCAGGCCGGGUUGUGACUGAUGGCCCUGGGGCACGAACCAUCAUUGUGCCACCCCUGAAAGCUCAACUUGGUGAUUGCACAGUGGCAACCCAGGCCUCAGGCCUCCUAACAAAUAAGACCAAGCCAGUUGCCUCAGUGAGUGGUCAGUCGUCUGGCUGCUGUAUCACUCCCACAGGGUACCGGGCACAGCGUGGGGGAACAAACAUAGCACAGCCGCUCAACCUUAGCCAGAACCAGCAGUCAUCAGCUCCAUCCUUGCAAGAGAGAAGCAGCAACCCUGCCCCCCGCAGGCAGCAAGCGUUCGUGGCCCCGCUCUCCCAAGCCCCCUACACCUUUCAGCAUGGCAGUCCGCUGCACUCAACGGGACACCCACACCUGGCCCCAGCCCCUGCCCACCUGCCAAGCCAGCCCCACCUGUACACCUAUGCUGCUCCUACUUCUGCAGCUGCCCUGGGCUCCACCAGCUCCAUUGCACAUCUCUUCUCCCCCCAGGGAUCCUCAAGGCACACUGCAGCCUAUACCACCCAUCCUAGCACCCUGGUCCACCAGGUCCCUGUCAGUGUUGGGCCGAGCCUUCUCACCUCAGCCAGUGUGGCUCCUGCCCAGUACCAGCAACAGUUUGCCACCCAGUCCUACAUUGGGUCCUCUCGAGGCUCAACAAUUUAUACUGGAUAUCCACUCAGCCCCACGAAGAUCAGCCAGUAUUCCUACUUGUAGUCAGUGGGCAUGGGAACAGGGAGGGGCAUGGUGAUCGAUCAUUCCUGGCAUAGAGGUCUUGGAAGUGGGGAAUAUCAAGCCCUUUCCUUAACCUCACUUAAAGCCCCCUGCUAGCAACUGUCCAGGGAGCCAGCCAAAGCAGAAGGAAGGUCUCUCUUUUUUCUGGGAAUCUGUCUCGGUGUUGAUGGCAUUGUAGUAGUCUCCCAAAGGCUGUUCUAUUUUUUUAAUUCUUUGUUUCUGACAGUGUUUCUGCUGAUAGAAGAGUUCAGCUCUCCACCUUCUGCAUAGGGGUCUAACUCCUUCUGUUACCAGGAGAGGGACUAUUGUUUGCCCUCUGGAAAAUAUUUUAACUCUGACUUACAUGAUUUAUAGAAAUGGUUUAAAGAUAUCCCUCUGUUUAAUGUCAUUUUAUUGUAAUUGCUGAUCAGAGGAAGAUGCUGACGUAAGGAAACUAAACUUUGAUCACAAAUGAGAAAAGAGGAAAACUCAUUUUAAAAUUGUUUUGAACAAAGGCUUAUUUGCCUUGUAGGUUUUAGCAGCAGCUUGCACGUUACUUGUAUUCUCCCCCCAAAUAGAGUGCACAUUUUAGCUUUAUGGACAUUUUAAACUCUUGCUGUUUUAGUUUUGUCUUGGUGACUUGGAUUGUCCUCACUAGGCAGUGGCUGUUUCUGCAAACAUAUCACUUAGCGUUGCUCUUGGGGUACUCUCAGUUACUCCUGUGCUGAUGUAAAGCCACAAGAUCAGGCAGCUCACCAUUGGCCGGCAACCAAGUGUGGGGAAAACCCACACCCAUCGUGAAAGGCUCCAUGUAUUCUUUUUAAAUUAUUUUUUACAAGUCUGUGAUUCAGCUUAACUUUUAUCAUUGCAAAAGCCAUUAAAUUAAGGUGAUUAUUAUUGUCGUUAUUGUUAUUGUUAAUGUUAUUGUCUUUGCUGUUGUGUGGUUUUACCCUUCCUGUCUGAAUUAUCUCCAAGAUCUAAUUGUAUUAUGUGAUACUGGCAGAGGUGGGCCUUGCCUCAAAGACUGUAAGGGAGAGCAGCGCUUAACAGGUUUGUUUGAAAUUUUCAUUUGACACCGGAUCUCUCCCAGGGCAGAAUUUCUUUACUAAGAAGCACAGGGCUUUUUUUCUUCCCACUGUUAUUCCCCUCCUUCCCCCCCAUUUAUUUUAUGUGAUUUGCUUGAAGAGGAAGUUAAAGGACAUGUGUAUAGCUUUUUAUACUUCAGAAAGAGUAGCUUCCUUGGUAUGUCAGCAGCAAAUGGAAUGCUCUCUCAUUAAGACUUAUACAAUAAGUGCAUGUUGGAAUUGUGGAAAGCAAAAAAAAGAAAAAAGAAAAAAAAACAGAUUUUAAAAAUUUAUUACUGAAUUUAAAGAUAUUUUAGAAGUUUUGUAAUGGUGGUGUUUUAAUAUUUUGCAUAAUUAAAUAUGUACAUAUCAAUUAGAAAAACUAUAACACAAUUUUCCUGCUAACCCCAAAUGUUCUUUGUAAUCAAAAUGUGUAGUGACUACACUUGAACUCUGUACUUGGCGUGUAUGGGUGGGUGUGUGUGUGUGUGUGUGUGUGUGUUUGUCUGACCCUCCAGUGUUCCCCAGGGAUGGACUUGAUGUCUCCAUUGUAUUUAAACCAAAAUGAACAGAUCUGUGUCAGAAUGUAUGUGAAACAAAUUGCUGUUUUUUAGAGCACAUCACCAUAGCUAGCACUGAGUGAGAGAGCGGUGGAGGGAGGCGCCCACAAGGAGCGGAGACCUUUGGAUUGUUUUGCACAGGUGUGUGUGGUGAGGAGCUGUUUGGUGUGUGUCUCUUCCCUCUCUCCAUCCCUCCCUUCCCACCCCUUUUAUUGUAGUGCCUUAUAUGAUAAUGUAGUGUUUCAGCCCUGUGGACCCUCCGCAGUUCACCGAGCUUUAUUCCGAGCAGGAUCGGUAGCGUGGUGUGUAAAUGCAUUGUUCUCUGUUUCCCUGUCAGCAUUAAAAAUGAAUUAAAAGCAACUCCACUUGGUUUUGAGCCUCAGCUAAUUUCCGUAGAAACUUUGCUUUUCACGUGGCUCUCAUGUUGUGUAUUUGCUGCCUUGUUCCUAUGAGAGAGUUCAGGAAGCAGCUGAUUAAGAACCAAGCAAUAUUAGAGAUUAAAAACAAUUUUUUUCUAAAAGCAUGUGCAAUCACUUUUAGAAUGAAUUUUUUUUUUCCAGUGUGGCACUCACUCUCCUGCUAAUAAUAGUCAGACAUUCCUUGUAAAAUACUUGCUUGUUGGGGGGUGGGGGGAAACCAGAAACAAAACCCUUAAAAACUGAUGUGUUUAUACCAAAGAGCCUGUUGUGUAGCUCACCGUGUUCCCCGUAUCAUGAGAAGCUUUGUGAUGCCACUGGUGACAGGGAACUCACAGAGGUUUAUUAGUAGGAGUACUAAUAGUAUUAAGAGGAAACUGAAGCCCUGAGAGAUUGUGUGAUUUCAGUUAACAACUUGUGUAUUCUAGGGGACCUUUGAGCUGUGGGAUUGGCCUUGUGCCCUGAGCUCCUUGCCCCCCUGGUGAAUAGAGGGUGGUGAGGAGAGGAGUUAGGCCCUUGAGGAUUUGGUUGUGGGGAGCUGCCCCAUUUGGUUAAGGAAAUGUCUUUAGGGGCUAUUUCUAGGACUGGUUCUGUGUAGAGAUGGUGUCGGGGAGGUGUUGGAUGGAGACAGGAGAUUUCACUGGGCCCCGGGCAGCAAGCUCUGAUCCGGGUCAAACACAGAGAAGUUGUUGAGGUAUUUGGAGUCUCUUCAUUGGGAGAAGUCAGGGCUUCCGAGAGGGGCAGGUAGUCAGUCAUUUGUACAGCCUGAUGGGAGCUGGUCUGUGUUGUGUAUAUUUUUUAGUCAUUUCAUGAAGGUGUGUUUUGGACACUAUCUGUGUCAGGAUAGCUAAUCAGUCUCCAGUUUUUUCACUCCCUGUUGUUGGAAAGGGUUUUGUUUUUUCUUUUUGUCAGCAUGUGUGAACUUCAUGUCUAUUUAUUGCCAAACACAUGCUGAUUUUGUUAUCCAAUACACAAAUUGUUUUGAAUGAAAUUCCUGUUCUAUAACCUUGUUCUUCAGGGAACAGGAUGUGUGUGUGUGUGUGCGUGCGCGCGCGUUUUUCCCAUAGAAACGAUGAAAUGCAGAAAAAUCUAUCCUCCCAAAGCCAACAAGUAGAUCUCAUUUCAAACAUAAGCCCAACUCCACUGAGGAAGAAAUGACCAAGAUCGUGUGCAGUCCCUUGAAUCAAUGUUUCUAGAGUUGUGGCUUUAAGCAUUUAGCAAUUCUCAGUCUGAGGCUGCAAAUUGGUAUUUUAGAUUGCCCGAGAUGACAUUGCAUGGGCUUGCCGAGUAGGGUGUUACCUUGAGAUAUGGCUUUAGAUGGUCCUUGUAGUUUUGCUUUGCCAGCUUUGACCAGAUGAGGGAAACCUACUGAGCUUCGUGGGUCAGAAUAACCUGAAAUCAAAUCAGCUUAAAGAAAUCUUGUCAAGCUUCAGUUGCUCCCUCCAAAGGUACAUUUCUCACAUCUCUUCCUACAAGGCAAGAGGAAGCAGGGAGAGCCCUAGUGAGAACAGUUGUCCUCUGUCUCUGGGGUUACAUAGAAGAAGAAACCAUGUUCGUGGGGGUAACAGUUGACUGUCAGUCCUGGGCUGGGAAUCCCCAGACAGAACUGCACCUCAGGCUAGUCCUCAUGAUUCUGAAGUGGCCUCUGCCUUUCUGCUCAUCUCAAGUCAGCAAAGUUGGGGCUGCCCCCAGGCCAGCCUCUCAGAGUUAUUUCCACAUCUCAUUCCAUCACUGUUAUGAGAAUCCAUUGGUUAGGAUGGUUUGUUUGGGGACAAGGCAUGAAAUGGAAUUGCCUCUCAGUGACAGGAAUGGCCUGAGCCUGCUUCCUUUUUGAUUUUUUUUUUUAACUGAUGGAUGGUGCAGCAUGUCUACAUGGUUGUUUGUUGCUAAACUUUAUAUAAUGUGUGAUUUCAGAUUCAGCUUGAAAAAUAAUCUCACUACAUGUAGCAGUACAUUAUAUGUACAUUAUAUGUAAUGUUAGUAUUUCUGCUUUGAAUCCUUGAUAUUGCAAUGAAAUUCCUACUUUAUUAAAUGUAUUUGAUAUGCUAGUUAUUGUGUGCGAUUUAAACUCUUGCUUUCCCCCUUUUUCUGGUUGUGCUCUUCCUUUUACAAACCUCUAGAAACAAGUAGUUUCUGAGAAUUACUGAUCUAUGUUUGUAUUGCAGAUGUACUUAGGGGAUAUGUAAAAUAAUCAUUUUAACAAAAGAAAUAUAGAUAUUUAAAAUUUAUUACUAACUAUGGGAAAAGGGUCCAUUGUGUAAAACAUAGUUUAUCUUUGGAUUCAAUGUUUGUCUUUGGUUUUACAAAGUAGCUUGUAUUUUCAGUAUUUUCUACAUAAUAUGGUAAAAUGUAGAGCAAUUACACUGCAUCAAUAAAGUGGGUUAAUUUUCUGA